CUUGAGAAUAUUAACUCACAUGUUCAGAGAUUUUAGCAAGGCACAAAGAAACACUGGUGGGCUGGAGAGAUCAACUAAUUAAGCCUGUGUGUUACAAAGACAGCCUCAGCUGUGAGAUGAAUAAACAGUAUGUUUGUUGCUAAGGGUAAUUAAUUUGAGCAAUCACUUUUGAUUCUAAAGCUGAAUCUGAUUUAAAUCCAGGGCUAUUUCCAGUUACAGCUAUGUAAUUUAGUCAGGCUGAUUUUCAAUUGAUUCACCUGAUUUAUUGCCCAUUUUCUUAUUUUUAGGUCAUUGACAAUUAUUGUAUAUCUGUAUAUAUUAACUUUAUUGGUAGAUCUUGUAGUACUGAUUUCACUAUUACAUGCAUUACGUGACAUCAUCUUCUAUAUAAAGAUAAAAACAGGCUGCGUGGAAACCUGCAAAACAUCCAGAGAUGCGAAACCUUUCUUCACACAUCGUCUACAUGUGCAGAUGCAAAUUAAUGAAACUCCUAUCAUGAAUGUACAUGCCUAGUGACUGAACUCCUGUCUGCUCCGGUGUAACUGGCUGUGACAUAUUUUUUCCCCUCAAACAUGAAGCCAGACCUCUUCUGUUGUUGAUUGCAGUUGCCUUUUUUAGAAGCAGGAGCUCGCCUGCUUUAACUCACCACGACCGCGGUCAGCUCGAACACUAAACCCCUGUCCAGUUCUCUCCGUGUGUUAUUUAUAUUCUCACACAUAUUCAUUAUUAAACAUCACCUCCACCGUGUCAACAACACAUGCUCGAUGCCUUUCGAGAUUUGAGAACACGCUAAUUGCGAUGUGCUGUGCAAGUACUUCAGGACGUGUGUGCAGUUAAAUGUCCCUUGAUUUGUACGUUUUUACCAGUUUCUACAUAAACAACCGUGGGAUGCUGCCGAGAGUGAUGCGCUGCGACAUCUCUUUUUCAUUUCGUGACUGACUGCGUCCUGGGCUAAUAAUAACAAUCGCAGUGUCUGGAGAUGGAUGUUAAACUAGCCGGGCUGAUGCUGAAAGACAGCAGGUCCAGCAUUAUGCAAAUUAGCGAGGUAGUGCAGCGGCAGCGUCCGGCAGAUUAGGACUCAAGAUCAGUGAGCCACCGCUCCCCCCUCCUGAGAGAGCAACUAGUGCCCCUGUUUUCCACCAUGGAAACAUACGGCUCACACACUCUCUCUACCUUUGGCUCGGCGUGAUUGCCACAUGAGCCCGGGACACGUGUUUUAAUCGUGUGAGUCAGUUUUCCUGCUGCACAGCUGUGAUUUGUUUCGUGCGUUCACCGUGAAACGGCCUAAGAUGAAUAUAAGCGCUCUGCCUCUGCGGGCAUGCGCAGCGCGCUCACACGUCCCACCCUCCCCCACUCAGUUAAGCCAGCGCUGUUUCAAAGUGUCGCUCACUUUUGGAAAAACAGACCCCUGACCCCUGAUAACCUGCAAUACACUAUUUUAAGAGUAUUUUCCCCGUUUGUGUAGGGCACAGAUCCUCUGUUGCCUUUCUUGUGUCACAACGCAGGGGCAGUAUGGCUGUGCUGUGCUCUCCUGUGCUUGGCUUGGGUUUUAGAGAGACUGAGCUGUAAGUAGGUCGGGCUGGGCUUAAGCGGCUUAGCUACGUCAGCCUAAGCUGGGAGGAAUUCAUCCAAAGCCCUCCGCGGUAGGCGGGGGCCUAAACGAGGCUGGCCUAGUUAAGCCUGAUUCUUAUUGUGUGCAGCACAGCCUGUUUUUGUUGUGCAACGUAGCUGAGAGGGAACCAAGGAGUAGUGUAUGAAUCCAUGCACAUGUUAGACAUAGCUUAUGCUUGAUUUAAAGACAAAGAAGAAGAAGAAGAGAAGGAAAUGAGAAAUAUGUGGGAGUUAGACCAGUGUUAGCUUUAUCAUCGUGGAUCAAGAGAAACCAGCAGCAGGGACAAAAAGACAGGUGGGAAUAGUAAGGAGCUGUAUGGUCAAGCGUGGUUUCUGAAUGGUGACAGCCAUAGGCCCAACUUGGUCUAUGUGAGUCCGCAAUGCUAUAAGAUGGCGUCCAGCUCUGUGUUUCUGUCCAGUAUGGUGGGUAAAGCUCGCUCUUCCAACUUCACCCUGUCCGAGAAACUGGACCUGUUGAAGCUGGUCCGUCCUCACAUCCGCAUCCUGGAGGAGCACACCAACAAGCAUGCGGUCAUCGUUGAUAAGAACAAGUGCUGGGACACUGUGGCUGAGCAGUACAACGCCUUGGGAGGGGACAGACCCCAUCGCACCGCUCAAGGCCUCAGGACCCUCUACAAGAGGCUGAAGGAGUCAGCCAAGCAGGAAGUGAUGCAGCGGAGACACGCCCAGCCAGAGUACAGAGCGAGCAUCUCUGAGCCAACCAGGAGAAUUAUGGAAAUGAUCCCUCACCUGUUUCACCAUGUGCCCAUCCAUGAGAAGGACCAAGCACUGCGCAGAUUGAUAUACAGCAAGCACAACUCUCCUGUUGAACAUCCUGGCAGUAGCUCCUCUCUGGCUGGACUCCAGGAUUACUCAGCAGCUGUCCCAAGUAUCCCCCAUGAGGUGGUCCAGCUGGACCCUGAAGAGGAUGUUAAGCCACCGCCAGACCUCCCCAUCCUCUCCACACAUACAGGACCAGGGCUGGACAGAGGCCAGGAGCGAGAGGGGGAGCAGGACUUAGGCAGCGUCCAUGAUUAUGAAGCAUCCCUUUCUCCCACCCCUUCCUCCGUUAACAUCCCCCUCUCGACUUCACCGCUUCCCUUGCGCCAUGACCUCUACCCCAAUGACAUCUAUCCUCACCAUGAGCCCGACAGGUUUCGCUCUCUACACCUGGCCAAAGAGGAGCACGAGUUGGUGUUGGCCAAUCACAGGAAGGUUGCCAUGUACCUGGAAGAGAAGAGGGAGGGGCUGAAGAGGAAACAGGAACUGGAGGAGGAACUUCUGAGAGCCAAGAUCAAAGUAGAGAAACUAAGGGCUGCUCGACUGAGACAUGGACUGCCAAUUCCUCUAUAACAAGCAUGAACACACACAUUUGUGUUAGAAAGGGAGAGGCUCUGAGGAGUUUAAAGUGUGAAGCAAUCACUCAUCAAUUUUACGUUUCAGAACUUGAAUAUAUUUUGGAAACAUAGUGCCUCAUGCAGACACUGGAAGCCUGUUUACAUAUUGCAGGAUGAGGCCUACUUGUGUUGCCAUCUGUCUGUGUCUGUGCUUGUAGUGCCAAAAAUCUGUUAUCAUUCUCUUACUUAUUGACAGAAGUGGAAACAAAGUGUAAAUGCUCACAUUACAAACACUGUGACAGGCCCUUAAAGGUAAAACAAAUGUGGUUUUGGAAGGGAAUAUUAGUGGUAAUGAUAGAUCUGUGUCAUGAUGAUACUAUUCCUCUCUAGAUCUGACACUAGUAUGCAUCUGUGGAAUUUUUUGCAUAGUUUUAAUGAUCUUUAAUUCAGGAAUGUUCAAAAAAAUAAUUCACGAUAAUGUUAUGUGUGAAAACCUGUCAAGAUCAUUUCAGGUGGGUUAUUUAGUGCCCUGUUCAUUCUUUGUUAAUUAAAUAAAUAAAUAAACUCCACUUGAUCUGUAAAAGUCAGGUGUGAUAGAUUGAAGAGGCGUUUUUUCAUAUCGCUUUAAGUCACCAAAUCAGGGGCGCAAAAUUAUGCUUAGAAAUGAAAAAAAGAAUGAAAGAAAUGGAGAGCCACUCCAAACCAAAAGUUUUAAAGCUAUUAUUUUGUUUAGAACAGAGACUGAUACAUAGAUUAAACUGUCAAAAGCCUUAACACACGAUGCUUAUGAAGACUGAUCAUGUUCUGUGACUGAUGGCCAGUGAAGUACUCAAAAGAAGGGAGAUGUGGAGUUGUGGUUUUGUGAUGUUACUGUUAUUUAAUGUAUUGUAUGUGACUACAGCAUUCACUGUAUCGUAACAUUGGUAAACGUGUGUUGUCAGUUUUUUAGGUUGACCAUAUGUUCGCUUAUUUCUAUAAAAAACUAAGUCUGAUA